AUACGAGCUGUGACAACAUGCAGGGAGCUCUGGAUUACGCUAAUGCCUUGUCCCCCAAGUCUCUCUUAAGAUCCGUCACUAAUGUCGGUACAUCACUGACACGGCGAGUGUUAUUUCCACCUCUUCCUGAGCCACCACAGCGACCUUUCCGAGUCUCCAACUAUGACCGAAGCAGCAAGAAGGGGAUUGUGGCAGGAACUUUAAAGGAGCUCAUUGAAAAGGCCAGUGAAACUCUCUUUAUACACUCUGACUUGGCAACCCUUGUGCUGGAAGAGGAUGGCACAGUAGUGGACACAGAAGAAUUCUUUCAGUCAUUGGAGGAUAACACAGAGUUUAUGCUGUUAGAGGCAAAACAGAAAUGGACACAACAGAGAAACUCUAAACGUGUAGCCCAGCAUGAGAAGAAGACUGGAAUAGCAAACCUGACAUUUGAUUUAUACAAACUGAACCCAAAGGAUUUUGGUGGCUGUCUCAACAUUAAAGCAACAUUUUAUGAGAUCUAUUCUAUAUCCUGGGACAUUCAGUUUCUUGGCGCUAAGAAGGUGUUGAGGCAGGUAAUACGUGGACUUUCCUAUCUGGCCCAGGUAACAGGCCAUUUGCUUCUGUACGGUGGCUCUUUCGUAAUGCAGUGGACCGAGAGCUCCGAUGAAGAGAGACCAACUCCAAGGUCACAGCGCUUCUAGCACCAGAGCAGAACCUUCUUGAACAUGGCCAUCUUGACCUUGUGAUGAGUUCCAGCCAAUAGAAGUGAUCUAUUCCCCAUGUUCCAUAUGAACAGAUGCAUCAGUCAGUUGUUUACCAAGAGUACUCAUUUCCAUGUUUUGUAUUUCUGUCAUGUAUAAAUAUAACCUUUUAACUGUGUUUUUGAGCUAAUUUUUGUAUUUUUGACUGUUCAAAACAGGAAAAACUAGUUUAUAAAGCAAGUCAUUGGUACGAUCUAACUGUGACAAGAGAGAUUCAUCAUUAGGUGACCUACUGGAACUCAAAGUAUUGUUUCUACUGCAAAAACGUGUAAAGAACAAGUGGCUGUUUACUGAAAGGAUGUACGCCUCCAUAACUUAUGUGUCAAUUGUUUACGGAACUCAACAUAGAAGAGAGUUUUUUUUCUUAUGUGACCCUUCAUUUUCUGUUGAAUUUUUAAAAGGGAAUCUGUUGACUCUUUGCGGUGCUAGAAACCUUCAGUUGCUGCUACGUGGCUCAUGUAUAGAUCAUGAAUAGAUCUCAUGUACCCAUUGACUAAUAUAUUUAUAUAUAACUGUCCAUACAAUUGAAUUUUAGAGAUAUAUUUUCUUUUCAUUUUAAAUAAAAAGCUCCAAUUCAAACGAGCAUACACAAACUA